GGGAAGGCGUAAGGGGCGGAAUCGGGGCAGAUGUGCGUGGAAAGGAGCACCGCGAGUCCGCCGUCCGGUUUUAGAGCAGGAUUUGGUCUUCAAGUGACACUCGCCGAUCCGAAGCAACCCACGCACGCCAAAGAUGUCGUUUGCUAGUGACCAGCUCUACAAUGGCUACCUGCGCACCAACAUGCCCACCAUCGUCACCAAGGUCAAAGUGCGACAGAUUGUGGUCCACUUGCCGUGUCUUACCGAUUACGACCGGGAGACGAUCGAGGCCAAGCGGGAGAUGUGCGGCAACUUCAACGGCAUGGUGCUGCUGCUGGACUGCCUGAAGAGGCGCGACAGCUGGCCCGAGCACUUCAUCCGAGCUCUGGAGAAGUGCGAGCACGGCGCCAUCGCCGCCGAGAUCCGGGCGGAGUACGACAAGCUCCUUGGCGCCGGCAGUAAGCGACCGUUUCCCCCCGUGCAGGAAAGCGCACCGCCUGUGGAGAAAGUCACUCCUGCCGCUGCGAUCCCGCUUGAUGAUAUUUCGGAAGCUCUGGACAACACACAGAUCGUCGUCGAGAACUGUACGGCAGCAGGAAGUACACCUGCAAGCCCCGCCUCUCCCGCCGCGUCCGACGCCUCCUCGGUGUUUCUGAGCACGCCCCGCACACUCGCCAGCAUCCUGCCGCAAGAGGAUCCGAACUCCAACCCCACCGGAGCCGGAUCGUCGACAGAGCCGUAUUCUGGUGACACGGACCGUUUGGAAAUAAGCAAGAAUCAGGACGAUGACGAUGAGGACGAGGUGCGGGUGCACACGGUGCACGUCUCCCAGCCGCUGUCCGUGCUGGACGGCCAGCUGGCGGUCAACGGCGACGCCGCCAAAGAAGUCGCUAGCGUUCAGGAGCCCGCUUCCACGACUAUGUGCCCCGAGACCGAGAAGCCGGCCCCUCGUGGCGCGCUGGCCGCCAACGCCAAGUUUGCGGCGACGGCGGUGGGGGUGGCCGCCUGCGCGCUGUUGCUGGCGUGGAAGUUUAAGCAUUGAGGUUCGUUUUAAGGCAGCGUUUCCCAACCACUUUCUGAGCCUUUACACUCAAAAAGUCUUCACUGCACAUCACCGAACAAAAAUGUCCCAAAAUCUGUAUACGCUAAUAAUGAUCUUGUCUUAAAUUGCACACAUAUUUACUGUUUAGUUCAACAAAAAUUCGAACCCCACCCCGCUUGAUUUUCAAAUGUCAAAUACCUCCACUCCAGUCUAGAAAUAGAGAUGCUAUUUUAUCCAGCAUCUUUCUUCUGCCGACACAUAACUACACGUUUAAGCCGCAAAAAUAUAUCCACAAAAAAACCUCCGGUGGCUGGAAUUUAUCCCACUCGGUCGUCAUGAGGCUUUUCCUUGCUGCGACAACGGGGCACUCUAAAUGCCACGCCAUGCAAGGACAGAGAGCAAUUUAUUGCUGAAUUGUUGCAAAAUAGCAACAAACUCAUUUUGGCCUGGAUUUUGGCGGCGUGGCUAACAACCAGCCCAAGUACACACCGGAGCUUUCCGGCAUUCGUAUGGCCUCUCCGACGAUGUAAUUCCGCAUGACCGGGCCACCAGUCCGCUCGCUAGCUUGAUAGCCCGCUACCCCGCUCGCUCGCUAUGUCAUGUGGACCCCUACACGACACAAAACCGAGUGAGGCGAUGACUCAUUGGACAGCGCUGAGACUGGGCGUCGCCAGCCCGCUAGCACGUUAGCCCGCGGACGGGCGUCAGUGUCCUCCACCGGGUCACUGCCCCACUCCAUUUUGUGUCGGUCCACAUAACAGGACACUUGAGGUCAACUUGCACUGUCCAUUCAACAAAUAUUUUUCAGCCCGUGGCUCACACUACCGACAACUUGAGUCGAGUACAUUCGUUCGCAUAGCAACGUAUUUGAGUGACAGGUGAAAGUCGAGCGGGGGCAUGUUUUCAGCUCAUUCAGCCGACACGCUAACAGUGUCCGACAGCUGGAUUUUUCACAAUUUUGGAGCCUCAUUUUAUCGAAUCGCCGAUGAUGUAUUUAUAUAUAUUUUUUUAUUCAUUCAAAUUUGAAAGCGUGUUGGCAAUCCAAUUCUCUGUGGUGUGUUAAAUUUAUCGGCCCUUUUAUUUCCCUGAGCUGGGACUUUAAAUGAAGUUGCAGCAGACCUGUCUCAUGACACGCUGAUGUGCCACAGCACAGUGGUUGGGAAUGCCCACUUUCAGGAGAAAAUCUGACAGGUGCCUUAUUGUUAGGAAAGGAUGGAAUGGUUUUUAAGGCUAAAUUUGCCAGUCAUCAGCACUUUGUAGAUGCAAUUUUAUUUUUUAUUUAUUUGAACAUAAAUUAUUGUACUAUGCUGGAUACUCUCAAUAGGUACCUUAGCACUUAGAUAACACAUACGCUGUUAUCAUUUUAAUGUCAUGUUUGAAUUGAUUGAUUGGCAGUUUUAGUCAUGGUAGCAUUUUAAGCGUCACUCAGAAGGGUGGGGAAACGUGUGCUGACAGGCCAGAUUUGACUAUAAUAUGAAAUUGGGGGGAAGAAAUUUUUAAAAUUUGUAUGUAAAAUAUGUGCACUUGUUUAUUUUCAUAUUGAAGUAGAUAUCCAUAGAUAUUCAUUUUAAAGCCUGAGAAAAAUGGUCUGUUUCAGGGUAAUGUAGUUUUUUUUUUAAAACUUGUUCUUAAAUGGCAUACCUGAUAAUCAUGCAAGUGUAAAAAGAAGCCAAUCGCUCUUCAUUGUAAAACCUAAAAACAAUUAGUCCAUCUAUAUCAAAGGAUGGUAAUGGUUCGUUGAGGGCUUAAACUGUUGCCAUUGAAAAAGAAAAAAAAAAGUUUUUACAUACCUGGCUGCCAUACAAGUGUAAAAAGAAGCAGUAAAAAUGUGAAAACUGUGCAUACCGGUGAAAAUGUGUUUCACAAAUAUAGUCUUGUUUUGAAGCCAUUUCUUUGUACAUAUAAUGAUGUAUAUAGAGAUCUUAUAGUAUGAAAAUAAAAUUGUAACUUG